AUUCCAAAGAAUUUAAGUGAUGUAAACUUUAGAGGGAAGAGGGGAAACUGUCUUCACUGUUAAACGCAAUCACAAGCUUCCUGCAACCGUUUUAUGCAUUUAGAUGAAAAUUUAGGAGCCUAUUAGGAACUCGAGAUGAGCAGACUAUAGCCACCCUUGGUAGUAUCUUGGAAGCUGCCUUGAUUUAAAGCCAGUAAUUUAAAAAAAAAAGACUGUGAAUCAGUCUCCAGUCAGGUAAAAACGCUCAGGUUGGCGUUGUCUGGAAAAGUGAUUUAAACUGCCCGUUCGUUAAGCCACACUUGUAAUUUAGGGGAGAAUGAGACGGUCUCGCACGUAGGGGUGCCGCGGCCCACCGUUGGAAGAAUGCGGCCUUCCGAGCUUUGUGCCUUCGCGCACGCGCCGUAGCCGCAACUCCGCCACCGGGAUGCGCCGGGGCCCUGGCAAGGCGGGGCCCGGAAUAGUGCGCGUGAAUGUGACGUCGCUGCGUGCGACGCAUCUUGUUGCCGGGCAGCGAUGGCGGCUUCUCUGGAGUCCUCUGGGGAGGAUCCACUGCGGAACUUUGUGCGAGUUUUGGAGAAGCGAGAUGGCACGGUGUUACGACUGCAGCAGUAUGGCUCCGGUGGCGUGGGCUGCGUUGUUUGGGACGCCGCCAUUGUCCUUUCUAAAUACCUGGAAACGCCCGGAUUUUCCGGCGACGGGGCCCACGCGCUGAGCCGGCGGUCAGUGCUAGAGCUGGGCUCAGGCACCGGGGCUGUGGGGCUCAUGGCCGCUACCCUCGGGGCAGAUGUCAUAGUCACCGAUCUUGAGGAAUUGCAAGACUUGCUGAAGAUGAAUAUUAAUAUGAACAAGCAUCUUGUCACUGGUUCUGUUCAAGCCAAGGUACUGAAAUGGGGGGAAGAAUUAGAAGACUUUCCUUCUCCGCCAGACUAUAUACUGAUGGCUGACUGCAUAUACUACGAAGAGUCUUUGGAGCCACUGUUGAAAACCCUAAAAGAUCUCAGUGGGUCUGAGACUUGUAUUAUAUGUUGUUAUGAACAGCGAACAAUGGGAAAAAAUCCAGAAAUCGAGAAAAAGUAUUUUGAGCUCCUUCAACUAGACUUUGACUUUGAAAAAAUUCCUUUGGAAAAACAUGAUGAAGAAUAUCGAAGUGAAGAUAUUCACAUUUUAUACAUCAGAAAGAAAAAAUCGAAAUUCCCAUCGUGAAAUCUUUAGUCAUCUUACCCAAGCCUCUAACAACAUGGGUAAGCUGAUAACGUGAAUGAAGCAUGUGAAUACAGCAUGGGAAGAUUGUGUUCACAGAUUUUUUCAGCAUGUCUUUAGGGAUCCGAUCUACAGACAACCACCACCGGCUGCCUGCAAUGUGAAUAAUGACUUGAUUGACUGCCUACCUGCCAAUGGGCCUGGAAUCUGACUUAGUUUACUUUUAGCUCCACAUCAAGUUCUGCUUAAAAGAAACAUUGUGUCAGUCACUCCUCCAAUAAAAAUAGGUACUGAGGUUAGCCUAAAGUCUGCCAAAAAUAAUGAAGUAGCAUGGUUGGCUUGGCGUGUUUUCAGGAAAAUAGAGGUAAGUUGAUCCGGUUUCUAAAGAGAGGUAUCAGUUACUCUUUAAUAAUGUUUAAAUUCAAAUCAGUAAAGUUUAAUUUGUCAUCAAGAUAAAUUUAAGAGAGGGUUUUAACAUUUAUACAGUGGGUUUUAUUGUAAGUAUCUUCCACUUCAUUGUUUUCAGACAACUUUAAUAUUUGUGUUCUCUUACUUGGGGGGUGGAAAAAAAAACGAAAAGACUAUUUUGUGACCAAAGUUCUGUGCUUUUCCUUCAUCAUACUGAUUAUAGUAUAAUUUACCCUGUGAGUUACAUCAUAAAUUAUACUGUGAUCGGUUAAUAAAGAUGAAAGUCAGAAGUCAGAGUGCAAGGGAGGGAAAGAUAUCUGUAAAAAUUUUUUAUUUGAGAAUGGAGUGAGAAUAAAAGGCCCAGCUUCAGGCUCAUGCAUCUAUGUGGCUUGUGCACUUUUCCUCAUGUGUAGCUUCCAGGAAAAUGUGGCUAAAUCACUGGUGAUAACUUAUUUAUAUGAAACAGAAAACUAUUUAAAUAACUGCAAGUGUAGUUCUGUGUACAUUUACCAAAUGAUUUUUUUUCUGUGUGGUCUCUGUUUUAUGUUAUGAUAAUCAUCUGUUCGCAGACUGAUCUGUCAGCACUUCCCAGUCACACUGGUUCCAGAGCGUAAUAGUAACCAGAUGGAAUGCUGGGACUUAACAGGCAUUGGUGCUAGGUGGCACAUUUUAUGUGUUAAAAUAAACGUUGUUUUUGAGAUCCUGUGA